AUGGGCGGCGGAACAUCACUUUGGGCUUCUCCCGACUGGAAGAAGGAUCCAAAGGAGAUUUUCAACUCGAAGCUUCUGUUAUUAGGCAUCACUAUAGCCUUUGCGGGAUGCUCGUAUGGCUUUGACCAGGGGAAUAUCGGCGGAAUCUUGACUUUUCCGUCUUUUCGUCGGGCCUUUGGGUUUGAUGCUAUAAGCGAGGAAGAAGCAAACACACGAGAGGGUAACAUAGCAGCCAUGUUGGCUGCCGGUGGCACUGCAGGUGCUCUACUAGCAGCACCUCUCUCUGAUUUUCUUGGAAGGAAGAAGGCCGUGACAUCUAUGGCUGCUCUGUUUCUUGUUGGAUGCUCGAUGCAAGAAGUCCCCCACUUGGAUGUUCUGUACGCCGGAAGACUCUUGGCUGGAGUGGCCAUCGGUGCGACCUCUAUGCUGGCUCCCCAGUACCUGGCAGAAAACUCCCCAAAGUCGAUUCGAGGCUCUCUUACAACAUCCUACAACCUGAUGAUCAUUCUGGCGCUCGCAAUAGCGUUUUGGGUAAACUACGCAGUCAGUCUUUGGCCUAAUCAGGACCCCAACAACAACAAGGCUUGGCAGCUCGCUCUGGGCAUUCAGUUGAUACCGGGCUUCUUCCUCUUUGCUCUCAUCUGGUUCGUCGUCGAAACUCCCCGAGCCCUCAUCUCGAAAGGAAAACACGAGCGCGGCCUCAAGAAUCUGUGCAAGCUCAGAGGCUUGCCCGCCGAGCACCCAUACGUACACCAAGAGUAUCUGGAAAUCUUGGCACAGGCGGAAGUCGAGCAGAGCCAAGCCAAGGGCCAUGGUUAUGUGGUGGUGGUGAAAGCCAUCGUCACCGACGCCAGUAAUCGGCGGCGACUGUUCCUCGCUGUUAUGCUCUUCCUUUUUCAUAAGCUCACAGGUACUGACUCUCUAAACUACUUUGCGCCGCAAAUAUUUGCCAUGAUUGGAGUUCCCAAAGGGUCAAGCUCUCUCUUGACAACUGGAGUCUACGGAGUUGUGAAGCUUGCUACGACCAUCAUCUACGUCACUGUCAUCGUCGAUCGAGUUGGACGUCGCCUUCCUCUUAUGAUUGGCGCUACUAUCCAGGCAACUGCUAUGCUUUACAUCGGGCUCUUCCUUCGCUUUUCCGAUGUUGAACCUGGCAGCGGAACAACCCCAGGCGGCAUUGUAGGCAUCAUCAUGAUUUACCUUUACGCCUUUGGCUGGUCUUUUGGCUACUCAGUAGCCCCCUACGUCGUGGCAGCUGAAAUCUUCCCCUCGCGAGUUCGAUCGGUUUGCAUGUCGUGCUGCCUCUUCACCAACUGGAUCGUCAACUACGGCAUCACUUCCGCCACGCCACAUAUGCUGAGCACCAUGAAAUACGGUACAUUCUUGUUCUUUUCCAUCAUGACGUACAUUGGCGUCAUCUUUGUCUUCUUCUGUCUUCCCGAACUCAAGGGCCGAAGCAUCGAAUCCAUGGACGAUCUCUUUGCUCACUCCCUUUGGACCAUGUUCAAGCGUGCUUACCCCACGGAAGAUGAGAAGGUCAGGCAUGACGUCCAAGAGCAGUUGCAACAAGAAGAAGUGAAGGGCGUGUCGCAUGUUACAAUGGUUGAAGAUAGUGGCGAGCGUGCUUGA